AUGUUCAAACUGUUCAUAUUCGCAUGCUUCUUCGCUCUGGCCGCCGCUAAGCCCGGCGUGUUUCCAGUAGCUUAUACCGCACCAUUGGCGGCGUACACUGCACCCGUCGCAGCAGCGUACACUGCGCCCGUGGCCGCAGCCUACACUGCACCUCUCGCCUACUCCGCCUAUUCUGCGUACACCGCUCCCCUAGCGUACUCUGCGUACACAUACGCAUCUCCAUACUCUUACUAUCUUCGUCGU